CAUUCCCCAUUGAAGGCAAUUGAUCGCUUCGUUGGAACCAUGGUCGAAGAACAUGGCUCCACGGAGCAUCUUAGAGGCAGUGUGGACUUCUGCACACUGGGCAUGUUCAUCCUUGACAAUAUAGACUUCGAAGGGACAAGGCCCAAUGUAAAGAACGUCCUUGGGGGUGCAGCAUCUUUUGCUGUUGUUGGCGCUCGUCUGGUGGCUGGUCAGGCGCAUUCGCAGGCUGUGAGCUGGAUCGUCGAUGUUGGCUCUGAUUUCCCUCCGGAGGUUCUCGACGUCUUACAAUCAUGGGAUACCAACUGCAUAAUACGAGAGGACCAGAGCCGAUUGACCACCAGGGCCUGGAAUGGCUACGGUCCGAACGAGAAGCGGGACUUCAAGUACCUAACUCCCAAGUUGCGGUUGGAACCAGAAAUGCUGUCUGAGUCUCAAGUGUUUUCGAAGACCUUUCACAUGGUCUGCUCGUCUUCGCGUUGUAUCUCAAUUGUGCAGACUAUCUUGCGCCGACGGGAGGUAUUAAAGCGAGCAGGAAAAGCACCCCCUUUCGAGCACGCUACGAAACGACCCAUCUUUGUUUGGGAGCCCGUUCCGGAUCUAUGUACGCCAGAAGAGCAGGAGAGAUUUCUGGCUGCAAACCGAGUAGUAGAUGUGGUGAGCCCCAAUGAACUGGAACUUGGGAUGAUGUUCGGCCAGCCUGGUUGGAGCGAAGAUGCCGACUAUGGGAAGGAUAUCGUCAAGAAGAUCCUCGAAUCAGGCAUUGGGCCUGAGGGGAACGGGCAUUUGGUGAUUCGGGCAGGCAAAGACGGCAGCUACUCCUACUCUAAAACACAGAGGGUCUGGCUGCCCGCUUAUCACCAGCCCAGCGCUUCGGAGGCGUCGGCGGUGGUCGACCCCACUGGUGCGGGCAAUUCUUUCCUGGGUGCCCUGACACAGGGUAUGGCCAGUGCAGGCAGGGGACCGGCCAAACUGGUCAACUCGGUGCUCGCAGGUUCUACGACAUGGCAGCAAGCAGUUGAGGCUGACGCACAACAUAACCAUGUCUUGACGGCCUUGAUUUUCGCUACAGUUGCGGCGAGUUUCGUAGUAGAGCAGACCGGAGUGCCUCGCAUGUCUACAUCUGGCGAUGGGAGGGAGCUCUGGAACGAAACCGAGUUCACGGAACGGGUCCGUCUGUACACACAGCACCUGUAUCGAACAUUGGAAGAGUCUCCUCAGAAGCACUUUCAGCUCAACUGACCGUUUGAAGAACGCCCUUCUAUUGUCGUACAGCCCACAAUAUUAUGGAACAAAAACCUGUUAUGCCAUAGAAAACCACCACGAUUGUUCAUUUCUCCCCGACUACCUCUGCAUUCCGUUGCCGAUCUAUGACUCGUUCUUGGCGGCCUGCUGCCUCUCGUGUUCAAUAAUCUGCCGGCUCCAGCUAGAUAGAAGCAACAGACAGUCAAUAUCCACUGCUUAGAAACACACGACACGAGAUUGGCUGAGGGAGACUGACUUGCGACUGGGGAAGAAUCUGCCCGGCUCGGGCAUCUUGUCACGGUGCUCACGGUCGGCACUUAUGCUCCAGGUCACGGCGACGAUUCCAAGGACUGCAGCACCCAUGAUGGCAGUGUUGACCCUCCAGUUC